GUGAAAAUUCGUUUUGUUUUUCCUGGCUUGUCGCAUUUUUUUCUUGAAUUCUUUUCAUAAUUUUUGCAGUGUGCCUCGUAAUAUCUGCGGAUUCUCCUUUUCAAACAGAAUGGCUACUAGUUUAGGAGAGUCCCUGUCUGGUAUGAAUUUCCUUGAUCUGCCGGAUUGCAUGAUCGAGCAAGUGUUCGAAUAUCUCUGCUACGACGAAAUUGCAAAAAAGCGAAUUAUUUGCAGAAAAAUAGACCGUGUUUGCCAAUCGCUGCUCAAUCGUGGUUUUAUGAAAAUGAUCAAGAGGCAUAAUGCUAAUUUGAAGGCUAUAAAGUCGCAAUUACCUCGACGAGAAUCAGAACGAAGAAAUCAUCCCCUAGCCAAGCAUUCAGAUAUUCUUACCUGCAUUGAAACUAGAAUCUCGAUGUUGUCGAUGACUUACUCCAAGUAUAUUGAUAAAGAUUUGUGCUGCUUCAUCCCCGGGAAAGUGAUUGAUGAGGUGUUUAAUAUUCUAAGGUUGAUUGAGGGUACUUCUAAGGCACUGAGGGCACACGAAGUACUGCAAGAGUUGCGAGACAUUUCGUCAAUGGCGAUUGAACAUUUUGACGAAAAUAUUGCGCAUCGAUUAAAGCGCAUCAUGGGAGUACACCAUUCGAGUGGAAGUCAUUUCCCUUUUCCGACUCCGGGCUUCAUUCAGAACGAGGUGGUUUUACCUUGCGAUGUAAAUGGGGAAAAAUUGAUUCUUCCAACGUUAACCCCAAUACCGCCGCAUAAAAGUGGAUCGUCCCAGCAGCUCUACUGUCACAAAAGUUCCUCAUCGGCUUGCAGUGCCAGCCGUAUAAAUAAUGCUUCGAUUGCCCGCAUCAACCACAAAUCGCGUAAAAUGAGGCUUUCAAUUAAAAAGAUUUCGUCAGAUAUGCAGGGCUGCAAAAAUCAAAUGAAACAAAUGCGAUCACAAGUUAUGCGCAACUGUCUGGAAAUCAAAGACCUUCGUCGGCGCUUGGAAGAAUCAGAAGCAAAAAAUCGCGAGCUGAUCGCAAAUAUUAAUCAAAUAAGUUUCGGCUCAUCGCCCUCCAGUUCGGAGUUGGCUGGUCCAUCGGUAGAAUCUUCAAAGUCGUCCGUCAGAUCGCUGGCGACCCGCAAUAUUAAACCACGUUCGGCCACUAUAAUACUCAAGCGAGUUUUGGCGGAAACAGAAGCGCAUGGUUGCGGAUCUCCCACCUCUCAAAUGCCACUGUCCGCGCCUGCUUCCGCCGCCGAGGAAGAGCCCACAAUCAACACGAAGAAAUCUAAGUUUAACUGAAGAAAUAACGCGAAUACUCUUUAUCUCUAUCUCUCUUUUCAAAGGAAAUGUGCAGAGUAAAAUAGUAAUACAAUCUAAAACAUUUGAAACCCCGGCAGAAAGCUUUGUUUGGACCGGUCCAACGUUGUUUCUCAUUUUCCUUAGCCACAGUAAUUCUGUCGAUAUGAUUUUAUGUAGUUUAAGAUACUAGUAAACCGUAUAACAUGGUUAUACUGUAAUGUCGACCGAUUAUACUGUUCUCAACUCAACGUUUUGGAUCAACUGAUAAAUUCAGUGAAUUUAAAAUACCGUCUAGUAACCAAUUAUCGCUUAUUUUAAACCAAAAGGAAUUACUGUAAAAUCGCUAAUGUUGCAGUAUACGAUAACAGAACACAAUCACAUAGUUUAAGAUACAAAGUACAAUGAUUCAAUAUCUGUAUAAUUGUUUAUUUCAAAAAAUCGAAUCUUCAAUUCGAUCAAGUUAGCUGUUUUGGCUGACGUGUUAAAAAAUAUCAUCCUUAAACAAUUAGAAGACAAAUUCGGUAAAAAUGGAAUGCCUAUAAAAGUGUUAGGGAUCUCCUGAUUUUUAAAAAGGUACUUUGAAGAAACAAACUACCGCUUUCCACAACAAUUAAGAUAGUUAACCUCUACUUAAACUCAAAUCAAAGUCGCUGAAUGCUUAAUUUGAUGCGGCUCAAUUCCGUUUUUAAUAAGAGCUACUACAAAUUGAAACUAUAUCAUCAAAUAUUUAUGGUAUAAUCGGUUGACAUCAGUAUUGUGCAAAGUGUGCAACACAGAUUAAAAAAACAAGGUGUAGUAAAAAGGUAUACUAAACACUUAUACUUAACAUUUUUGAUAAGAUAAAUGUAGCUU